AUGCUGUGCAGCACCAGGCAUUUCAUUUACUCAAAGUCGCGGGAUGUUUGCGAAGAGUUGGAUUCCUUCGGGGUUCACUACAGUGCCUGCCUGGGAGAGCAUGACGAAUGCGUGGACCCCGUGACUGGAUCAUCCACGACGCCUAUGCCCAGGCCAUCCUUGGCAUUGCAGGAGCCUGCACCAUCGAAUCUGGUGGUUAUCGGAGGAUUUCGGACCUGUGGCACGAAACGAAUUUACAGCCUUCUGGAAUCGCAUCCCAACAUUGUCACCCUUUCAAUUCAGGUGGGUGCGAUGCCCAAUCUGCAAAUCGAGUUUGAGGAGUCAGUCUUCGCCCUGGCAAAAGCGCUGCAAUUGCCUACGGGUCGUCCCUUGAUCAAGGUCUGCGACGAGUUCGAAUUCAAAGUGCCGACCUUCACAGAGUGCGAUCGUCUCGUGAAGAAGAUCAAGGGCUGGUACAACACGUCCAUGCCGGCGACACUGGUCGUCACAGACCCCUCCUUCUUUGACAAGGGAAUGCUUGCAUCACGGUGGCCGGGCAAAGUCAAGCUGCUCUUGAUGGUGCGUGAGCCGGCAGACUUCUUAUGGGCAACGUACAACAUCUGGUCGCUCCCGGGAGAGCCGAAAGGACAAGAGGGCAGGUUACGAGGGAAGGGCUCCACAUGGGGAUUGGGGUUCGGAAGGCCGGCCCCGCGAAACAGGAAGAUUCACGUCCGCAGCCCGGAGCUGUUCGACGAGUUGGUUUUGGCGGACGGCAAGAAAGAGGCCUGGGCACCCCGGGCCAACAAGAUCACCGGGCAGUGGUUCGACCAGAUCAAGAAUUUGAAGGAUGUCUCCGCGAACCUCCUCUUCUUGAAGUCAGAGGACGGCUCGAUACCGUAUUCCGAAGGCUAA